AUAACUUUUUUGAAAAAAUCCCACCAUAAACGACAGUCGGGGAGGACAAAAACCCCUAUCCAGCUCUCCAAGAUCGAUCGAUCAGGCCAUCUCACAUCGAUCUAUAGGUGUUCCUGCACCGUUUGUCGGCUCGGAUUUUUAAUUGCGUCACUAAUGAGCUGCAUUUAUGUUAAUCUCCGCACUCGGGACGUCUAAGCGUUGCAUGACACAAAGAUCCAAAGAUUGAGAGGGAUACCGUCUUUCGGCGCUUCUUUUUGGCUUUUUUUGGUUUCUUUUGGUAGUUUUCACCUGCUGAGCCGUUUAUGGUUAUUGCCGCAAUUCCGUUGUGACAGUCGGAGGCGCUUUAUCAUAAAUUAAAAAGUCGUGUUGUCGGAAAGGGACAGACAGAGCGGACAAUCGGACCAACAGACCAGCGGACACCUGGACGGACAAGAGUACCCGCCCCCGCUUGGCGGUCCAACUGAUGGAUGAUGAUGCCGCUGAUGGCAGUUUCGGCUUUUGAGUUAUGGCCGGUUAUGGCCAAGCCGGAGAUUUGCAUGAAUGAAACGUAAACGCACGCGCUGAUAAACGAGCUCCAUCUCCCCGAUUCGGUGAUUCGGUCCUCAGCUUUGGUGAUCCGAUCUUGGUGCUCUCGCGAUGACUUAAUUGAAACGCCGCUGGCUGAAGCAGCAUAAGGUGUUAAUUAGCAUACGAACAAAUAAACAACAAUAAAAGCAACAAUAAGAAAGAAUACAACUUCCCAGCCUCAUCCGUCGUGUAUUUUUUAUAUAGUUUGUAUUUUGUCCAAGUCGGAUUGUAUUUCGGUUUUCGGUUCGAUCGUCGUAUCGGUUUUAGCCUUCCUCGCGAUGAAGUAUUAAGUGCUGCCGUCUGCUUUUUCGGAUCAUUAAUAACAAAACAGAGGCAUUAGCUCCUUCUGGUUCGAUCUGUGGGUUUCCUAUGGCACUGUUUUAUGUGUAAAAAAAAAAAAAAUCCAAGGCCCAAGUAGUGAAACAACUGUGGAUUGGAAAUUGGACUCCGGGUGGGCAUUUUUGUGCAAAGCUCAGCGAAUAGAAAUUAAAACCCCAAAUGGGUAUUCAGACUUUUAGUGCGAAUAGAAUAUGAUGAUAGUGGCAGCUGUACGGGCUCUCCUCGGAUUUGCAUCGUCAUGUGGAAAAUACAUAACAAGCUCUUAAUCUACAUACUCUGGAUUAUGGAAAUAAGAUUAGUGUCCAGCUUUACAUCCGCCAUGCUCUGCGCCCGGAUACCGGGCCUGACCCCGGCCCAGCGCCAUAUGUGCGGCGAGAUGCCCGAUGCUCUGAUCGCCCUGGGCGAGGGCCACCAGCUGGGCGCCCAGGAGUGCCAGCACCAGUUCCGGGGCCACCGCUGGAACUGUUCGGAGGUGUGGCAGCGUAAUGUGUUUGCUCAUGUUAUACCCACAGCUUCACGUGAGGCAGCCUACACCUAUGCGAUAGCCAGUGCCGGGGCGGCAUAUGCGGUAACUGCCGCCUGUGCCCGUGGCAACAUCUCCACCUGCGGCUGCGAUGUGCGGCACAAGACUGCUCCCGCAGCCGAGGGGGCCGCAGAAGAACCCUGGAAGUGGGGCGGUUGCUCGGCAGAUGUGGAUUUUGGAAUGCGAUAUGCGAGAAGAUUCAUGGAUGCCCGCGAACUAGAGCGCGAUUCGAGAACGCUAAUGAAUAUACACAACAACAGAGCAGGGAGAACGUUGGUUAAGAAAAUGCUUCGCACAGACUGCAAGUGCCAUGGGGUGAGUGGAUCCUGUGUGAUGAAAACCUGCUGGAAGAGCCUGCCGCCUUUCCGCCUGAUCGGCGACAAGCUUAUGCAAAAAUAUCAAAAAGCCAAAACUGUUCAAGCCGUCAAAGGCAAACGUGGACUGAGAUUAGUAAUAAGCAGAAAGAAGCACCCUGGAGUAGCUCGUGCUGCGAAACCGGUGCUCCAUUGGCCAAAGCGGAUGGAGCUGAUCUAUCUGGAGGCGUCACCCAAUUACUGUGAACGUAGCCUGCAGGCGGGCAGCCAGGGCACCGCCGGAAGGAUCUGCCAGCACGGUGGCCACGGCCCACAGAGCUGUGACCUUCUCUGCUGUGGGCGUGGCCACAACACGCAGCACAUCCGGGUGACGAAGCAAUGCCGCUGCCAGUUCCGAUGGUGCUGCGAAGUGAAGUGCGAUGAGUGCGACGAGAGCUACGAGGAGUUCACCUGUAAAUAGAUCCAAGUUCCCAGAGUAGGAGUAGGAGGAGGAGUAGCCACGCCAAGCCGGAACACUGCUAGUAUUAGAGCUAUUAGAGUCAUAGGAAAUGCGUUUAUUAAGUAUUAUGAGAAAUGUAUUACACUCACAACAGACACACCACAGCCCUCAAGGCAGACACAUUCCACACUAGGAAGUAACCAGUUAACCCUGUACACUAUUUUCAAAACAAAAUACAACAACUAUCUUAAAAACUAUUA